AUGCCUGCCACAUGGUUUAAGGUCGAUCUACCAUUAGCCCAGCUCGGUAGCGACAGCCCCCCUAACCGUUGGCGCCGGCCUUUUGCGCUACGGCACCGCAGCAGGCGGACGGCGCAGUGCGGGGAAGAGCGACUCAGACACGGCCAAAAGGAGAAGGAAGAUGACGCCAAGUGCGCAGGCAAAGUGGACGGGCAGGUGCCAGAAGAGGGAGGGGGGGGGAGGUCAGCAAGCAGGUGCCUCCCCCCGGAAUUGUGCGAAUGGCCACCGCUGCUUUCUAGCGCCAUGUGA